AUGAUAACGGUGAUCGCUGCCAUGGAGACGCAGCUGUCGAACGGGCCAGGCUGCACCGCCAACAACAGUCCCAACAGUGUGUCUAAUAACUGUGUGUCGCCCAUGGAGACGACUGACGGUGGCGGUGGUGAGGACAGUAAGACGAACCUGAUCGUGAAUUAUCUGCCUCAGAACAUGACACAGGAAGAGCUAAAGAGUCUGUUUGGCAGCAUCGGAGAGAUCGAGUCCUGCAAACUUGUGCGGGACAAAAUCACAGGUCAGAGUUUGGGUUAUGGUUUUGUGAACUACGUGGAGCCUAAAGAUGCAGAGAAAGCCAUCAACACUUUAAACGGACUCAGACUGCAGACUAAAACCAUCAAGGUGUCAUAUGCCCGCCCGAGCUCGGCCUCCAUUCGUGAUGCUAACCUGUAUGUGAGUGGUCUGCCGAAAACGAUGACCCAGAAAGAGCUGGAGCAGCUGUUUUCUCAGUACGGACGCAUCAUCACCUCCAGAAUACUACUCGACCAGGUCACAGCAGGUGCAUCUCGAGGUGUUGGAUUCAUCCGGUUUGACCGGCGUGUUGAAGCGGAGGAGGCCAUUAAAGGUUUGAACGGUCAGAAACCGCCAGGAGCCACUGAGCCAGUCACAGUGAAGUUUGCCAACAAUCCCAGUCAGAAGAGCAGUCAAGCACUGCUGUCACAGCUGUACCAGUCACCCAACAGAAGAUACCCCACUCCACUGGCACAGCAGACGCACAGAUUCAGGCUGGACAAUCUACUCAACAUGGCGUACGGGGUCAAGAGGUAUGUUAAU